GAAUCAGCGUGCAAAAAUAACAAUGAUGGCGCCGAUUUUCGUCACUUCGUUUCUUCUCUUUGUAUCGAGUUAUCUCUCUUGCGCUGAAAGCAGACCAGACUAUAUACACUGUGUGAGCAAUUCGGAGUGCGAGCUGGGUCACUGUUGCAGCAUAGGACCCAUAAGAUACAGCGUACCGCAAUGUAGUCCCAUGAAAGAAGAAGGAGAGGAGUGCAGACCAGGCAGCGCUAAUCCAGUCAACAUGACUGUAUCGUAUCCUGAUCUCGAAACUGUAGAAUUAACCGAUGUCCAUUACAUUUUCUGUCCUUGUGCUCACGGAUUAUCGUGUGAUAGAGGCAUUUGCAAACGCACGGGCGAAGAACGCGACAGAAACCAUCUGAUCGGCGAAAACAAUGACGAUUAAUAAUUAAUAAGAGAAGUAACGUGUAACCAAAACGUUAAAAGAACUCAGGAUAUUACAAAUUGUUUUUAGAAACAAUUCAAAGGACGAUGUAAAUUGUAAACCAAAGGACUAACAAUAAGGAGCCUUAAAGUAUAAUUAACUAAUAAGAGCUGCAUUAAAUAUAGUCAUAAUACAAUUUUGAAUAAUCUUAAGAAAUUACGUAACGUAAUGACUUUAUAUAAGAUUAUCGAAUAAAUGUAAUAUAUCAAACGAA